AACCCGCUCUAUGAUGCAGUUGGAGGGAACCCUCAUCGACCAAUGAGAGACCGCGCUGGCUGGGCGGGAAGUGACGUGAUGUCGCUACGGACCAAUCCGCGGCUAUGACACCAACAGCAGCCGGAAGACCCGCCCCCUGACCGAACCGGAACGCGCCUGAAGAAGAACCGUGCGAACCUGUCCAGCUCCAGGAGAAGCAACAUGGAGACACAGUUGUUUAUGGAGUGUGAUGAAGAGGAGCUGGAACCAUGGCAACAGGUGGAUGAAGAUGAGGUGGACUUCAUGGAGCCAGUGGAGGAUUCUCCAUCCCCUCUUCCAGCCUCUGAGACUCCACCCCCCAGGACUCCACCAAUCACAGCUCAGAAAGCUUCUCUCAUAAAGAUCGUCUGCUCCUCUGUGAGGCCGAGUCCUCCUCUUCUUCCUACUCUUCCUCCUCUUCUUCCUACUCCUCCUCCUCUUCUUCCUCCUUUUCUUCCUACUCCUCCUCUUCAUCCCUCUGUCAUCACCUCCGCCCUCUCCCGCCUUGCCCCGUCCUCCAAACUGGCUUUGGCCCCGCCCCUAAGGGCUCAGGCCCCGCCCCUGAUAGCUCAGGGCCCGCCCCUCUUCCUGACGCAGACGACGGGCGGGACGUUCCUCCUCCCGGCGGGCCCCGGGACGCGCCACGCCACACCCAUCCUCCUCACCACACAGCAGGUCAGGUGUUCGGCGUCAGGUACCACGGUGAUCUGCCAGGGCUUCCCGGUGAUGAACCGCGGCGCUCCUCUGCUGCUGAACCUGCAGCCGGGUCAGACGGUCCAGCCCCUCACCCUGAUCCAGUCGCCAUCUCUGGGUCAGCUGAUCCGGCCCAGCGUGGGCGUGUCCCAGGGCCAGGUGGUCCAGACCAGACUAGGCCCCGCCCCCUCUCGAGGCUCCGCCUUCACCGCCAUGCAGCUGCCCGCCACGCUGACCUUCCGCACCGGCACGCCAGGACCCGUUAAUCUUCAGGCGACCCAGGUGGGCGGAGCCACCGCCCUGAGGCUGGCGGUUUCCCCCGCCCUCCCUUCUGGAUCGGCCAAUGGCAACACCAGGAUCUUCAGCAGCGCUCCUGGCCCCGCCCCCUCGCUCACCACCCUGCCGACCUCCGACCCCCCCCGGGUGGUGAUGACCGUGGAGGAGUUCUACUACGGGACCUUUGAGGGGGACCCGGGUCUGAGGAAGCCCCUCCCACUGGGGACCAAGACCUCCACCUUCACCUGCCAGGUCUGCCCGUACCUGGCCCAGAACAACCUGAGGUGGGUCCACAAGCACCACCGAGGCCCACACGGCCCCGCCCAGUCCACCUGUCUCUGUCGUAUCUGUGAGUGGGCCUUUGAGAGCGAGCCGGCCUUCCUGAACCACAUGAAGUCCAACCACAAACCCGGAGAGAUGCCCUACGUCUGCCAGGUGUGCUCCUACCGCUCGUCCUUCUCCGCCGACAUCGUGCAGCACUUCUCCAGCUCCCACAAAGACUCUCGCUUCCUCCUGUGUCUGUUCUGCCUGAAGGUCACGAGGAGCGCCGACAGCUACCAGCAGCACCUGCUGAGGCACCAGGUGGACCAGGCCUUCCAUUGCAACAGGUGUCGUCUCCAGUUCAUCUACCUGAAGGACAAGAUGCAGCACAAGCUGGAGAACCAUCGCAGCUUCCGCCGCCCCGCCAAGCUGGAGGGGCUGCCGCCGGGGUCAAAGGUGACCAUCAGGACUUAUGGGAAGAUCAGGCCUCUGAGACUAGCGGGGGGGCGGCUGGUCCCAAGCCCCGCCUCCCACGCCCAGCCAAUCAGCAUCAAGAGUAGCCUCAACAAGUCAGCCCGCUCCCCCACCAAGAGGCCGGUCAGCAGCAGGUCUUCAGGUGUGGAUGCAGCCCACCUGCUGUGUCUGGAGUGUGGGUCCCGGGUCCUGGACUUCGGGGCCCACUACCCGAGCCACGCCCACUGCCUGCUGUGCUCCUACAGCAGCUGCUGCUCCCGGGCCUACGCGGCCCACAUGAUCCAUCACCACGUCCCGCAGUCCAAAGACAAAGUUCUUCCUCUGCACAGACUGCCUCCUCCAUGUGUGUUCCUGCUGCAGUGUUCUCACUGUGGCUUCAGCUCUCAGACUGCAGACCACAUGGCUGCUCACCUGUUGAGGAACCCGGAGCACCACAGCGCCACCUGUCAGGCCAGGAGCCUCGUUGAACGUGACAUCCAGUUCUGCCCCAGUGAAGAGCCUCAGCCUUCAGAAGAGGAAGAACCGGUCCAGAAGCAGGACUUGCUGGAUCCGUCCUGGACUUUAGCGGAUCGUUGGACUCAACCUUCAGAGUGCGACUGCUCUGACUCCAGCAUCGCCUCCUUCGAGCAGAGCGCCGGGCCGCAUCACUUCCUGUCCAAGAACACCGACGCCAUUGACUUCUUCCACCUGCUCUUCCCUUCGGAGCUCAUGGAGCUGAUCACCAACGAGACCAACGCCCACGCCAAGACCAGCCAUUUCCUUGGCUACGGUUACUCGGACUGGGUCCCCGCCACCAUCCACGAGAUCAAAGGUUUCAUCGGCCUGGUGGUUCUCAUGGGGAUCCAGAACCUCCCCGACCCGUCUCACUACUGGUCCUGGAGUCACUACGACAACAGCUACACCUUCUACCGCGCCAUGAGCUUCCAGCGCUUCAGGCAGAUCGCUGCCAACAUCCGCAUGGGCAGCUUCACCACGGCCGAGUUUCGUGGAACCGGCGAACCCGGCGACCCGCUGCACAUCUUUAGGCCGAUGCUGAACAUUCUGGAAGGAGCCGCAUGGGACGCCUAUCGACCAAACUGCUGCCUGACCGUGGACAGGGCGCUGCUGCCCGGCCCGGAGGGGGGCAGCUGUGAUCCAAAGACCCAGCCACAGGUGUGGCUGCUCUGCGAUUCCAAAUCUGGCUACUGCCACCGCUUCUUCAUCCAGGUGGGAGAGCAGCGGGGCCCGGAGCAAGGCUUCACCGUGGUGCCGCAGCUGGUGAAGGAUCUGGAGGACAAACACCACCAGCUCUACCUGGCCAGCUCGCUCGCAUCGGUCCCACUCAUGCAGAAGCUUCUGGACCAGGGCAUCUACGCCUCCAGCUCCUUCCCUCCACUCAGCCACAUCCUACCCAGAGAGCUGUGGGAGGAAGGUUGCCUGGAGAAACCUGGGGACUUCCUGCAGAGACAGUUUGGGCCCCUGUUGGCCACCCGCUGGAGGGACACCAAAGAGAUGGGCUGCCUGUCGACGAAUGCAGACCCGAGUGAACAGGACACCGUGUGGAGGAGGUCUCAGACCAAAGUGGGCGGGCUGGACCCCAUCGACCGCCCCAUGGCCUUCUGCCUCCUGCAGGAGAACAUGCGAGGGGUCGACAUCUGCAAGCAGUUGCUGGCCUGCAACCCGCUGGGAGGAAUCCCCCAGGACCGGCACUGGCGCGGCCUCUUCUGGUUCCUGGUCAACCUGAGCAUCGUCAACGCCUUCAUUGUGCUGCGGGAGAGCCGCAAGGAGAACCCACCGAACUGGGUGCAAGACGGCCUCUUCACUCAGGUCAACUUCCGCAAGCGUUUGGGCAACCAGCUCGCCAAGUGUGCUCAGAACAGCUCUGAGUCCAUGGAGAUUGCCAGCUCCCGCGGGAUGAGGCUGAAGCCCAACGAAGUACCGGUGAAAGAGAGACACCGGAUGGGGAAGGUCAGCAGCACCUCCAAGAGGUGCAAGACCUGCCACCUGAAGAACCUCCGGCGCGAGAGCGUGUCCGGCUGCACCGUGUGCAGAGCCAACCUGUGCAAGCAGCCCAGCUGCUUCUGGGACUUCCACGGCCUGUCGCCCACCAACAGAGGAUCAACAAGAGUUGGAUUCAUCAAGGACAGAAUAAGCGGAGAAAUAACGUUUGAGGACAACGUGGACGGGGCGAUGCCACCUGUGGAGGACAUGGACUACUCUGACAAUGAGCUGGAGGACAUUGAUGAUGACGAUGAUGUGCCGGAAUUCAUCAAUGAAGAGAAAGUACCAAUGUCUCACCUGCCGUCAACAACAACAACAACGGCGCUCGGCCACCCCCGACCGGCGACCGCCUCGUCUGCCUGUAAGGAGCGUGACGACACCCUCACCGCCAGGCAGCUCCGGAUCGCCCUCUUCGCUCUGUGUGAAGGACUCCGCCAAGCCUCCAGGUUCUUCUUCACCGAGCCGCCGCUCAUCCGGUCCUGGUUGAAGGACGCCAGGAGGCGCCUGAAAUCCACCGAGCGAGAGCAGAAGUGGGAUGCCAACGGCGGGGACCUGAUGGUGGCCUGGGUGCUGUCCAUGCGGGAGCAGCAGCUGCCCAUCACAGAGAGCAACCUCUUCCACAAAGCCUCCACCCUGAAGAAGAAGGGCGGCUUCAGCGACUCCUUCCGCAUCUCCUACGACUGGGCGGUGGGCUUCAUGCUGAGGCAUCGGCUGGGCUUCCGGAGCAGCGGCAGGGCGGCCACGCUGGCUCACUCUCUGCCGCUUUCCCUGGAAGCCAAGAUCAAGUCCUUCAGGGAUUUCACGCAGAAGGUCAUCCGGGUCAACGAGCUGUCGGAAAGCGCCGUGGCCGCCAUGGACGAGUUGUGUCUCUUUGUGGAUUUGAGGUUUGUUCAGGACAAGUCUCGCUGCUCCGAGGCCCUGCAACUCACGGGGUCCUUACCUUUGGUCACCGUGUACCUGGCGGUGCUGGCCAACGGCACCAUGCUGCCGUCUCUAGUGUUGGCCAACCGGCAGCUGGCCGAGAAAGUCCUGCCCGACUUUAUCCUGCUGGAGACCGGACCGGAGAAGCUGUUGGUAGAAGAAACCUUGAAUCUCUGGACCAACAAGGUGUGGCUGAAGCACGUGGCCGGUCCGACUGGGCCCAGGAAGUCAUUGCUGGUCUUGGAUCGACACCGGGAACACAUGGGGGACUCGUUCCUCGCGACCGUCAGCGAAUCGGGGACCCUGCCGGCUGUGAUCCCCGGAGGCGACUCCUUCCGUCUUCAGCCCCUGGAGAUCUGCAUGAAGCCGGUUCUGCAGCGCUUCCUGUUGUCACGUUGGGCCAAGUUCACCAGAGGAACCCCCACGGAGCUGGAGGAGACGGCGCCCCUCCAGCUGCAAGCCAACGUGGCCCAGCUGCUGGUGGACUGGGCGGUGGAGGCCCUGGCGCAGCUGAACAAGCUGCCGCAGCUGUGGAAGGAGUCGUUCCGCCUGACGGGCCUCCUGCCGGGGCGCGAGGUGCAAGAGGCGACCACGAGUCCAGAGCAGAUCCAGUCUGACUUCCUCAAGACCCUGACAGAGACCCUGCUGGGUCCGGAGGCUUUGGAGGCCGAUUAUUCUGAGCUGCUGGAGCUGGAAGACAAGGAGGACACAGAGGAGGAGCAAGGAGAAGGGAAGGAGGCAUCAGAGGAGAAAGGAGGAGAAGGGAAGGAGGCAUCAGAGGAGAAAGAAGGAGAAGGGAAGGAGGAAUCAGAGGAGAAGGAAGGAGAAGGAAAGGAGGAAUCAGAGGAGAAGGAAGGAGAAGGAAAGGAGGAAUCAGAGGAGAAAGAAGGAGAAGGAAAUGAGGAAUCAGAGGAGAAGGAAGGAGAAGUAAAGGAGGAAUCAGAGGAGAAAGAAGGAAAUGAGGAAUCAGAGGAGAAGGAAGGGAAGGAGGCAUUAGAGGAGAAAGAAGGAGAAGGAAAGGAGGCAUCAGAGGAGAAAGAAGGGAAGGAGGCAUCAGAGGAGAAAGAAGGAGAAGGAAAGGAGGCAUCAGAGGAGAAGGAAGGAGAAGGAAAGGAGGAAUCAGAGGAGAAAGAAGGGAAGGAGGCAUCAGAGGAGAAAGAAGGAGAAGGAAAGGAGGCAUCAGAGGAGAAAGAAUGUGAAGGAAAUGAGGAAUCAGAGGAGAAGGAAGGAGAAGGAAAGGAGGAAUCAGAGGAGAAAGAAGGAGAAGGAAAUGAGGAAUCAGAGGAGAAAGAAGGAAAGGAGGUGAAAAAGGACAGGGAGGAGAUUAAGGAGGAAGGGAAGGAAGGAAAGAAGGAGCGUAGACCAGGGGACACAGAAAAUGAAACAAUCAAAGGUGAAGAAGAAAGGAAGAAGACAGAUGAGGACAUGAAAAAAGAAGUUGAGAAGCUAGAGGAGGACAGUGGGGAGGAAGGAAAGGAGACAGAGGAGGACAGGAAGGAUGUGAGCAAGGAGAGGCGAGAGACCAGGAUAGUGAUCGGAGAGGAAGUCGGUGACGAGUGGAAGAUAACGGGGAAGAGCCGAGCCGACGGCGUGGAGGAGAGCUGAGGCCAAGACGACACCUGGCACAGGUGUCCCCGACAGGUGACCCUCGACAAGUAGACAUCUGAGGCCGCUAGUGGACAUCUGCGGUCUCUAUUGUACAUCUGAGGACACUAGUGGACAUCUAAGGUCACUAGUAGACAUCUGAAGAAAUUUGUGGAUAUCUGAGGAUACUAGUGGACAUCUGAAGAAAUUCGUGGAUAUCUGAGGACACUAGUGGACAUCUGAGGUCUCUAGUAGACAUCUGAGGACACUAGUGGACAUCUGAUGUCUUUAUUGUACAUCUAGGGUCUCUAGUGGACAUCUGAGGCCUCUAGUGGACAUCUGAGGAUACUAGUGGACAUCUGAGGCCUCUAGUGGACAUCUGAGGAUACUAGUGGACAUCUGAGGCCUCUGGUGGACAUCUGAGGACACUAGUGGACAUCUGAAGAAAUUCGUGGAUAUCUGAGGACACUAGUGGACAUCUGAGGUCUCUAGUAGACAUCUGAGGACACUAGUGGACAUCUGAUGUCUUUAUUGUACAUCUAGGGUCUCUAGUGGACAUCUGAGGACACUAGUGGACAUCUGAGGCCUCUAGUGGACAUCUGAGGAUACUAGUGGACAUCUGAGGCCUCUGGUGGACAUCUGAGGACACUAGUGGACAUCUGAGGACACUAGUGGACAUCUGAGGUCUCUAUUUGACAUCUGAGGCCUCUAGUGGACAUCUGAGGACACUAGUGGACAUCUGAGGACACUAGUGGACAUCUGAGGUCUCUAGUGGACAUCUGAGGAUACUAGUGGACAUCUGAGGACACUAGUGGACAUCUGAGGCCUCUAGUGGACAUCUGAGGAUACUAGUGGACAUCUGAGGUCUCUAGUGGACAUCUGAGGACACUAGUGGAUAUCUGAGGACACUAGUGGAUAUCUGAGGUCUCUAGUGGACAUCUGAGUCCACGAUUGGACAUCUGAGGUCUCUAGUGGACAUCUGAGGUCUCUAUUGGACAUCUGAGGACACUAGUGGACAUCUGAGGUCUCUAUUGGACAUUUGAGGACACUAGUGGACAUCUGAGGUCUCUAUUGGACAUCUGAGGAUACUAGUGGACAUCUGAGGUCUCUAGUGGACAUAUGAGGAUACUAGUGGACAUCUGAGGCCUCUAGUGGACAUCUGAGGAUACUAGUGGACAUCUGAGGUCUCUAGUGGACAUCUGAGGUCUCUAUUGGACAUCUGAGGACACUAGUGGACAUCUGAGGUCUCUAGUGGACAUCUGAGGUCUCUAUUGGACAUCUGAGGACACUAGUGGACAUCUGAGGUCUCUAGUGGACAUAUGAGGAUACUAGUGGAUAUCUGAGGUCUCUAGUGGACAUCUGAGUCCACGAUUGGACAUCUGAGGAUACUAGUGGACAUCUGAGGUCUCUAGUGGACAUCUGAGUCCACGAUUGGACAUCUGAGGAUACUAGUGGACAUCUGAGGUCUCUAGUGGACAUCUGAGGUCUCUAUUGGACAUCUGAGGACACUAGUGGACAUCUGAGGUCUCUAUUGGACAUCUGAGGACACUAGUGGACAUCUGAGGUCUCUAUUGGACAUCUGAGGAUACUAGUGGACAUCUGAGGUCUCUAGUGGACAUAUGAGGAUACUAGUGGACAUCUGAGGUCUCUAGUGAACAUAUGAGGAUACUAGUGGACAUCUGAGGACACUAGUGGACAUCUGAGGUCUCUAUUGGACAUCUGAGGUCUCUAUUGGACAUCUGAGGAUACUAGUGGACAUCUGAGGUCUCUAGUGGACAUAUGAGGAUACUAGUGGACAUCUGAGGAUACUAGUGGACAUCUGAGGUCUCUAGUGAACAUAUGAGGAUACUAGUGGACAUCUGAGGACACUAGUGGACAUCUGAGGUCUCUAUUGGACAUCUGAGGUCUCUAGUGGACAUCUGAGUUCUCUAGUGGACAUUUGAGUACACUAGUGGACAUAUGAGGUCUCUAGUGGACAUCUGAGAUCUCUAGUGGACAUUUGAGGACACUAGUGGACAUAUGAGGACACUAGUGGACAUCUGAGGUCUCUAUUGGACAUAUGAGGACACUAGUGGACAUCUGAGGUCUCUAGUGGACAUCUGAGGUCUCUACUGGACAUUUGAGGACACUAGUGGACAUCUGAGGACACUAGUGGACAUAUGAGGAUACUAGUGGACAUCUGAGGAUACUAGUGGACAUCUGAGGUCUCUGGUGGACAUAUGAGGACACUAGUGGACAUCUGAGGUAUCUAGUGGAUAUCUGAGGCCUCUUGGACAUAUGAGGACACUAGUGGACAUCUGAGGUAUCUAUUGGACAUCUGAGGACACUAGUGGACAUCUGAGGCCUCUUGGACAUCUGAGGUAUCUAUUGGACAUCUGAGGUCUCUAGUGGACAUAUGAGGACACUAGUGGACAUCUGAGGCCUCUUGGACAUCUGAGGUCUCUAUUGGACAUCUGAGGACACUAGUGGACAUAUGAGGACCCUAGUGGACAUCUGAGGUCUCUGGUGGACAUGAGGACACUAGUGGACAUAUGAGGUAUCUAUUGGACAUCUGAGGCCUCUUGGACAUCUGAGGACACUAUUGGACAUCUGAGGUCUCUAGUGGACAUCUGAGGACACUAGUGGACAUCUGAGGUCUCUAUUGGACAUCUGAGGACACUAGUGGACAUAUGAGGACCCUAGUGGACAUCUGAGGUCUCUGGUGGACAUGAGGACACUAGUGGACAUAUGAGGACACUAGUGGACAUCUGAGGUAUCUAUUGGACAUCUGAGGCCUCUUGGACAUCUGAGGACACUAGUGGACAUCUGAGGUCUCUAUUGGACAUCUGAGGACACUAGUGGACAUCUGAGGUUAUAACAAAACCUUCUGUGAUAAAGACUAUUUUAGUGCAUUGCUGCAGCAGCUUCCUGUUUGUGUGGCGGCCAAUCGGCUUCCAGGACACGAGGGUUAAUGUGAACGUGUUGGGUCAUAUGACCAGAACCUGGACCUGAAUACUCUGAUUGAUGAUGAUGAUGAUGAUGGAUUGUUCUUCCUCAUUAUUAAAAUACAAACAACUUCA